AAACAGUCCACACCCCCUUUAACAAUAUGUUGUUAACAACUUAUUCUAAGGAACGUCAAGGAAACUUCCUCUUUUAAAUGGCCUCUAGCGACUAAAUCAAAAGCAAGUCUGGAUAAUAUAAUACAUGGAUUUAAGAGUCACUGAGGUGGUUACUCGGGAACAGUGGGGAGCAGUAGCCCCUCGAUGCCGGGAGACCCUCAAGUGUCCUGCUCAAAGAGUUGUCAUACACCACACUGCACUGUUGCACUGCAGGGGCAUCCGAGAAUGUAUGGACCAGCUCAUCCACAUACAGACAAUGCAUAUGCAGGAUAGGAACUUUGAUGACAUUGGAUACAACUUUCUUAUUGGGGGAGAUUGCACAGUGUAUGAGGGCCGAGGCUGGGGUGUUGUGGGUGCACAUACCAAGGACAAUAACCAUGACUCUUUGGGCAUUGCCUUCAUGGGCAACUUCAACAAUGAGAGCCCCAGUCCAGCAGCCCUGUCAUCUGUUAAACAGCUCCUGCAGUGUGGGGUUUCCCAGGGGCAUUUGCACCCUGGAUUUACCCUGCUUGGGCAUAGAGACUUGGGGGACACUGAAUGUCCUGGGGAGAGACUAUAUGCUGCACUAAAACAUCUAAAAUUUCCCUAAACAUAACCUCUUCCACAGGCUCAAUUGCUACUGGUUCGACAGAGAAAGUGAGUCGGUGGUGAAAGAGAAUACCCUGAACAGCACACUUAACAUUUUGGGACUUCCUUGUGUGUUUUUAAACCACUAGAUGGGGCAAUGACGCUUUAUCGUAGCCAUGGCCUAAAAUGCAUACUAUUUUUUUCACAAGCAUUUCACUACACCCGCAAUAACAUCUGCUAAACACUUGUAUGUGACCAAUAAAAUUUGAUUUGAUAAUGGGGUUUCCCAAACCCAGUCCUGGGGCCCCCCUGGGUGCACGUUUUGUUUUUGCCCUAGCACUACACAGCUGAUUCAAAUGACCAACUCACCAUCAAGCUUUGAUUAUUUGAAUCAGCUGUGUAGUGGACCAUUAGACUACUUUAUACAUCUGUGUUUUGUAGAGGACAUACAGUGGGG